AUGGAGUUGAACACAAACAACAAAAACACAAAGAUUUGGCUUGCAAAGGUCCCUUUAUUUCUAGCAGAGAGAAUAUUGAGUUUGGGUGGAGAGACGACAAUUGGAGAGCUUGACAUAACAAAAGCAACAUCCACGGAGCCGGCGGUUUUAAGCUUGAAGCUGUCCAAGGAAUUUUGCGAGGGGGGAUUUCCUUCUUCGUUUGAGGUGAAGGUGAAGCCUAGAGAUAACAGCAUGUAUGUAAUCCGGGCUUAUGAGAACAAUGCAGAUGUUGAGGGAGUGAUUAACAACGAAUGCUACAUAACACCGGAGAUUAAUGGGGAGUAUCUGAGGUACAAAAAAGAAGCGGGGUUUAAAAGCGAUGCGAAGAAGAGCGAUGUACAAGUCAUUGAUUAUCUUAAGGAGGGGAAGAGAGGAGAGAAGUUUGGAAGCUUGAGAGAGCUUGAGUAUCUUGCUCGCAAGAGAAAGAAGAUGCUAAUGGAUAAGAAGAGAGAGAGACUUGGAAAGAACGAAGUGAUAGACAUGGUGUUCAAGGCAUUUGAGAAGUAUCCGUCAUGGACGGUGAAGGAUCUUGCAGACUUCUGUGGGCAGCCUGUUGCAUUUAUCCAGGAGAUUGUGUCUGACAUUUGUGUGCUGAACAAGAAGGACUUGAAAAAUGCAUAUGAGCUGAGGCCUGAGUACAGGUAG